AUGAAUGUUAAUAAUUCCGAAUGUAUCAACAAAUGUAAAACGUAUACUUACAAAAAACAACACAUUUUUAUAAGCGGUAGUAUCAGCGUCGGUAAAACAAUGUUAUGCAAUUUGUUAUUCGAAUAUCUCGACUAUUAUACUCCUAUCGCAUAUGUAAAAGAAUAUAUUGAUUACAACAAUGAUGGUGAAUUAACAUUAAAACAUUUAUAUGAUGGAUUAAUAAGUAAUUUCGAAUUUCAGAAUUAUGUACUGGAUUGUUAUGAGACUCAACUAAAUUCAAGUAUUUAUGAAGAUGCUGAUAUUGUAAUAUGGGAUAGACACCCCAUUGAAUCAUUGGAAGUAUUUUGUGCAAACAACAAUUCGUUAAGUAAUGAACAACGUCAAAAACUCAAAUUAAGAAUAGAACAAUUAAGUAGAAGAUAUCAGAUUCCACAAUUAACUAAUAAAGAUGUCAGUGUAAUAAACGUUGAUACUAGUAGAAUUUCUACAGAAUUAAAUGAAGAAGCUUUAGUUAAUACAUUUAUUCAUCCAUUAUUAUUAGGAUUAUCCGAUGGAAGUAUUUAUGUCUUCUUAUUCUGUAGUGAUACAAAUACACAAUUCAAAAGAUUAACAAAAAGAAAUAGAACUCCAGAGAUAGAAUUAUACAAAUCCAAAGAAGAUUUAAAUGAUUUAAACAAUCAGUAUGCGUUAUUUUAUACCAAUUUAGUACGAAAAAAGCUAAAUCAAACUAAUUAA